AAAAGGACCGCAGGGAGCGACUUGGUGGUGCUGACAGCAGAGCUCCGCAGUUCCAGGCACAAUUCUAGUUUUCCUUGAACUGCAUCAUUCAGGACUCUGCAAAUUUCCUGAAGUGGGAGGGACAAUGACCAUGUUCAAGGAGGAACUGACCUUCAAGGACGUGGCUGUGGUCUUCACCAAGGAGGAGCUGGGGCUACUGGACUCUGUCCAGAGGAAGCUGUACCAAGAUGUGAUGCUGGAGAACUUCCGGAACCUGGUCUCAGUGGGGCAUCACCCCUUCAAACAUGAUGCAUUCCACUUAGAAAAGGAAAAAAAGCUUGAUAUGCUGAAGAUAACAAUCCAAAGAAAAGAGAAAUCAGCAGGCAAGAUCCUAACUGAGAUGGAGACUGAUCCAGAAGUAGGAUCACAUGAAGAGCUUUCCUGUGGGCAAAUCUGGCAACAAAUUGCAAGUGAUUUAACCAGGUGUCAAGACUCCAUGAUAAAUAGUUCUCAGUUCCCCAAACAAGGUGAUUUGCCCUACCAGGUUGGGGCAGGACUAUCUGUAACUCACACAAGACAGAAACUUUACCAGUGUAACGAGUAUAAAAAAUCCUUCAGUGAUGUCUCCAAUUUUGAUUUUCAUCAGCAGUUACACUCAAGAGAGAAGUCUCAUACAUGUGAUGAGUGUGGAAAAAGCUUCUGUUAUAACUCAGCUCUUCGCAUUCAUCAGAGAAUUCACAUGGGAGAGAAACGCUAUAAGUGUGAUGUGUGUGGCAAGGAAUUCAGUCAGAGCUCACAUCUGCAAACUCAUCAUAGAGUUCACACUGUAGAGAAACCAUUCAAAUGUGUGGAAUGUGGGAAAGGCUUCAGUCGUAGAUCAACACUUACUGUACAUUGCAAAUUACACACAGGAGAGAAACCUUACAAUUGUGAGGAAUGUGGGAGGGCCUUUAUACAUGCUUCCCACCUUCAGGAACAUCAGAGAAUCCAUACUGGGGAGAAACCAUUCAAAUGUGAUACAUGUGGUAAGAACUUUCGUCGUCGGUCAGCACUUAAUAAUCAUUGCAUGGUCCACACAGGAGAGAAACCGUACAAAUGUGAAGACUGUGGGAAACGUUUCACUUGUAGCUCAAAUCUUCGUAUCCAUCAGAGAGUCCACACCGGGGAGAAACCUUAUAAGUGUGAAGAAUGUGGUAAGUGCUUCAUUCAGCCUUCACAAUUUCAAGCCCAUCGGAGAAUCCACACUGGAGAGAAACCAUAUGUAUGCAAAGUAUGUGGUAAGGGCUUCAUUUACAGUUCAAGUUUUCAGGCCCAUCAGGGAGUUCACACUGGGGAGAAACCAUACAAAUGUGAUGUGUGUGGGAAGAGCUUCAGGAUGAAAAUCCAUUAUCAAGUUCAUCUGGUGGUCCAUACAGGAGAGAAACCCUAUAAAUGUGAGGUAUGUGGGAAAGCCUUCCGUCAGAGUUCAUAUCUUAAAAUCCAUCUAAAAGCACAUAGUGUAGAGAAACCUUAUAAGUGUGAGGAGUGUGGGCAGGGCUUUAAUCAGAGCUCACGACUUCAGAUUCACCAGCUGGUCCAUACUGGUGAGAAACCGUACAAAUGUGAAGCGUGUGGAAAGGGAUUCAGUCGCAGAGCAGAUCUUAAAAUUCACUGCAGGAUCCACACAGGAGAGAGACCAUAUAAUUGUGAGGAAUGUGGGAAGGUCUUCAGUCAGGCCUCACAUCUUCUAACCCAUCAGAGAGUCCACAGUGGAGAAAAACCGUUCAAAUGUGAAGAGUGUGGGAAGAACUUCGGUCGGAGUGCACACCUUCAAGCCCAUCAAAAAGUCCACACGGGAGAAAAGCCAUACAGAUGUGAGGAGUGUGGGAAGGGCUUCAAGUGGAGCUUGAAUCUUGACAUGCAUCAGAGGGUACACACGGGAGAGAAACCAUAUAAGUGUGGGGAAUGUGGGAAGAACUUCAGUCAGGCCUCAAGUCUUCAGCUUCAUCAGAGUGUGCACACUGGAGAGAAACCAUACAAAUGUGAUGUGUGUGGUAAAGUCUUCAGUCGGACUUCACAACUUCAGUAUCAUAGGCGAGUUCACACUGGGGAGAAGCCUUACAACUGUGAGAUAUGUGGUAAGAGCUUCAGCUGGAGAUCAAAUCUUGUAAGUCAUCACAAAAUUCAUGCUGGUGAUACAUUUUAUGAAAGUGAUAACAGUGGUAAGAACAUCAGAGAAUUGACAGAAGAAGGAAGUUCUACAAAGUGAUU